UCUUCUAGUGAAAUUUUUGAGGUAGGUUCAAAUUUGAUUGUUUAGAGCCUUGGCUCUAUAUAAACUUUUCCCAUAAUAAAAAGCAUUUAAUGCUAGCUCUAGAGUAUUUUGAAUUAUUAUAUAAUUAAAUGUUAAUUGAUGGAUAUUAUAACUAAAUUAUCUUUUCAUGUUUAUGGGUUUGUAAAAUACAAUAAAUGCAAACUUGAAGAUGAUGAUUAACAAUUGACAUGGAGAUGGGGAGUAAUUCAGAUGGUAAUGGGAUGGAGGUAAAUAAGAAGGUAGGAAGUCCUCUUGCUGAGGAGUAUGGAAUGGAGGAUACUAUCUUUGUGGAUGGUGAUGAUUUCUAUAAUCACCAUGAAUUAGAGAAUGUUAUUUACAUAGAUGGUGAUGAUAGAAGUGACUCUGAUGCAAGCCAAAAUACCAGUGAGACUCUCAUGGUGGAACCUCUAACCAUGGAAAUUAGUGCAGAGGACCCAUAAGAGGGUAUGCAAUUUGAGUCCCUUGAAGCUGCAUUAGAUUUCUUUUAUAAAUAUGUACAAAAAAUUGGUUUUAGCAGUCAAUGUUAUGCAGCUCGUCAAUCAAGGAAAGAUGGAUCACUCAUCACUCGUGAAUUUGUAUGUUCAAAACAAGGUGAGUGGCACAAGAACUCUGAGGCAAAGUAGUCUCAGCCUUAUAUAAGGAUAGGGUGCCAAGCCAUGCUAAGAAUCAAGAAAGAUGAACAUGGUAUAUAGUUCGGUCACAUCGCAAAAUUCCAAAGUACACAAGAGAGAUGAUUCAUAUGUAUAACUCAUGUGGGUUAAUUGCCCCAAAGAUCACAAAAGUGUUUAGUACACAGGCUGGAGAUCGAAGGAGUCUCCCUUUUGUAGAGCCAGAUUGUAAGAAUGAGAUAUAUAAAAAUCGAAAGAAAAAGUCAAAGUUGAUAGGAGGGGAUGCAGAGGGGUUGAUGGAGUUCUUUGCUAGUAAGUUUGUUGCGAACCCAUCUUUUGCAUACAAAAUGCAAGUUGAUGCAGAUGGGCACUUAACCAAUGUAUUAUGGGUUGAUGCGAAUUCCAAGAUUGAUUGAGAAUUCUUUGGAGACGUCAUUAUAUUUGACACUACAUACAAAACUAAUGUAUAUGAGAUUCCAUGUGCCCCAAUUUUGGGAGUAAAUCACCACACAAAGACUAUAUUCUUAGGAUGUGCUUUACUCCAUAGAGAGGAUGAGGAGUCUUUUACAUGGUUGUUCACAAAGUGGCUUGAACUGAUGAAUGGGCGCCAACCAAAGUCAGUCAUCACAUAUCAAGACAAGGGGCACUUGAAAUAAAAAAGGUGUUCCCAAAGUUCUGACAUCGGUUAUGUAGAUGGCAUAUAACUCAAAAGAUUGAGCUAAAAAUGGCACAAGUUGCACAUAAUCAUCCAUCAUUCCAUGGGGGACUUAUACAAAUGUAUUGACCAUUUUACCACCACCACAGAAUUUGAAGAUGAAUGGCCAAGAAUGUUAGAAAGAUAUGAUUUAAUGAAUAAUGAAUGCUUAAAGUCUUUAUAUGAAAUUCGGCAUCAAUGGGUAGAUGUAUAUUUGCAAGAUUGCUUCUUUGCAAGCAAUAGGACUAGUGGAAGAAGUGAAGCCAUGAAUAAGGAUAUCAAGGCAUAUGUGAAUUCCCAUACUAAUUUGACUACAUUCGUUGGACAAUUACAAGAAUUAAUUGAAAAAAGUUUGAUGAAGAAAAUACUGCAGACUUCAAAUCUCACAAUGAGACACCAAUUAUGAUGACUUCCACUCGUAUGGAGCAAAAGGCUCAAAUUUACACCCCGUCUGUCUUUCAAAACUUCUUUCAGCCAGAGUUAAUGACGGUCGCUAAUCUUAUUUUUGAUGUGCAAGUGGCUGAUGGGGUUGUAUGCACUUUACGUUUGAAAGGAUAUGGGACAUGUCGCCCAUCCUACAUAGUGGAAUUCACCACAAUUGAGGAGAAAGCAACAUGUAGCUGCCAUCUAUAUGAGCACAUAGCCAGAUGCUUAUGGUAUUUGUUUUUAAAAAUAUACUUGAGUUACCCGAACACCAUAUAAUGAAGUGAUGGACUAAAGAUGAGACAAAAGGGGUUGCUUGUGAUGUUUAUAAAGUUCAAGUACAUGCCAGUUGUGAGGAUACCUAUUCUACGCGCUACAAUGACCUAUUUCAAAGGCGCAACAUUCUGUCAACUAUUGGGGCAGUGAGUCUGAGUGUGUAGGAGUAUACAAAGAUGCUUAUAGAUGAGGCACACAAAAAGGUUCUUGCUAGGGUAGAUAUGGAAAAAAUAUCUUUAAAGCAUGCUUCUUCUACCUAUGGUAGCCGCACAUCCACAGGAAUCCCCACUCUAUGUGUUGCUCCCAUUCUCUUUGUGACUUCAAAUCCACAUGUGACGACUAUAAAGGCUCUAAUUUGUGUAAAGCCGAAGGGACGGCCACCUAUUCAUGUGAGACUCAAACCUGGGAAGGAGCAGAGAAUGAGUAAGACAAAGUACUCUAACUAUGGACUCAUAGGUCAUGACAAGCGUAAUUGUCCCUCUAUGCAUUGCAAAUGGAGGGCCAGUAUUGAGGGCACAAGUAACCCUCCAAGGGAGCACAAGUCAUUCAUACUACGCUUGGUUAUUACAACAUUUGGUCUUGUUGGAUUAUGGCGUCAAGGUGAGAUCUAGGAUGUUCAAGAGCUAUUGCUUGUAUUUGGAGGAGGAGAUUGGGCUUAAAUGUCGAGCGGCAUAGAUUGGCCUAUAGAAAGUACAACAACUAAGACAACAUGACUUUGGAGCAGCAUAGAUUGGCCUUAAAUAUUGUGGCAUCGCAAUUGUUUGAUAUUCUUUGUGUCAAAAAGUUUGGCAACUAAUUUGAGAGUCUAAACUUUAUUAAUAUGGGAAUGUAAUACCCUUUUCGUGAUGACAAGUGCUUGUUAAAGACUAUGCUAUCAAUUGAUAGUUAUGUAAAUUUAAAGAUGAUUUCAAUUUGUUAAA